AUGGGAAAGCUUCAGUAUGACUCUGGACGGGAUGGGUACAUUGACCUGAUGGAGCUGAAGCUGAUGAUGGAAAAGCUGGGAGCCCCACAGACCCACCUGGGGCUGAAGAACAUGAUCAAGGAGGUGGAUGAAGACUUUGAUGGGAAGCUCAGCUUCCGUGAGGUGAGGGUGGUUACACACCAAGCUUCCUGAGGGGUGCUCGAGGAGGACAGCGGCCUGUUGACUCUUGCGAAGCUCUCGGAGAUAGAUGUCUCCAUUGAGGGAGUCAAAGGAGCCAAGAACUUCUUUGAAGCUAAGGUUCAAGCCCUCUCUUCAGCCAGUAAGUUUGAAGCCGAGAUAAAAGCUGAGCAGGAUGAGCGAAAGCGGGAAGAGGAGGAAAGGAAACACCGCCGAGCGGCUUUCAGGGAGUUAAAGUCUGCAUUUACCCAGUAAGCAACCAGCCAGUAUGCACUCUGAGAUUGCACAUGACUUGGUACGUUUCCCAGAUCAGGGUUCUACCUGGAGAGAACUGCCUGGAUCCCGCCUAAAACUCAUUACAGCUUUGCUAGUCUUCCUCUCCUGAAGAUCCUCCUGAGUUUCUAAGGGCACAACUCUUGCAAUUACUAUGCAUUCAUAAUGAUGUGAAUCGUAAGAGCUGUGUACAUGCUGUUUGCUCUGAACUGUCAGGAGCACAUCACCCUGAAGCAGAAACAGCAGGUAGCAAAUCAUGGGUGAGCACUGACAAGUGUCAUGUUUGCCUACUUCAUUCUUUCCUUUUCUAUACAUUCUUUUCCUCUUAACCCCUUAUUAAUUCAUUCCUUACUUACAGGCAAGUAGUGAGGUCUUGUGUAAAUCGGGGUGUACAAAGUACAGCUUGAUUUGCUGUACAUUUGUACUGCGGUUGGGUGUUGUCACACAUCCUUGACUAUCCCUUUUCUUCCUCAAAGCCCCGUGCCACAGGCACUGUGAAAACACUGUGAAGAGACAAAGAUAGUUACUAGGGACAUGGAUCAAAUUAAUUAUCACUUCCUGUAGCAUUUUCU